AUGGCCACUACUACGCCGAAGCACAUCGUUGCCUUCCCCUACCAAGCCUGGGGCCACGCCCGCCCCCUCAUCAACCUCGCGGGGCGUCUGGUGAAGCUACGCAACAUCACCGUCACAUUGCUCACAACAAACCAGUUAUAUGAUCGCACCGUUUGUGAGCUUGCGCGGAGCUUUGUACCUGGAGAAGAAGAAUUCGCAAGCAGGAUCAGGGUCGUGUCCCUUGGUGACGUGCAGGUCACCACCCCCAACGUCAUCGACAGUAUUUUCAAGUCGGCCUGGGAGAAGAUCUCUGUUGGAGAGGCGGUUGUAUGUGCGAAGGUCGCGACUCGGUUCGACCCGCUCCCGGUCCCCGAGGCGAUCAUCAUCGACUUCUUCGCCGUCGAGCCCGUCCGCGUUAUCAGGAAGCUCAGCGGGAAGUCGACAAAGAUCUUCUCUUGGAUGUCUGGCGGCACCAACGCGAUGUUUUAUCUCUUCGGUCCCGAGAAUCUCGGCGGGAGGGGCAACAUCGCCGCAAAGGUUGACGCAGAAGUCAAGCGAACGGGUCGUCCGUUCGCAGAAGUAGUUGUGGAGAUGGCCUUCAUCCCUAAAGGUGAAAUCGUCAAGGUCCCUGCUUUGCCACCCAUGUAUGACUACGAGUACUACCCGCAGGAGUUCCCUAUCCCGAAGGAAAUCGGGAUCGCUAUAUUCCCUUAUAUCUUUGAAACGAUGGAGUCCUGCGAUGGAGUCUUCCUCAUCACUCCAGAGCCCUACGAGCCCCAGGCAGUAGCUGCAGUGAGAGAUUGGUUUGGAAAGACCGGACGCCCGGUGUAUGUAUGCGGCCCCCUCUUGCCCCCUACCUCUGCAACGGCGACGGCCAAGGAGCAGCAGCAGUCGACGGAGGCGAUUCAGAUUCAGGAGUUCCUGGACACCACGCUGAAGACCUCCGGCGAGAAGUCUCUGUUAUACAUCUCGUUUGGCUCGCUUUUCUGGCCGGUCAAGACCCCCGAGAAGAUGUGGGCGGUCCUGGAUGUCGUGAUGGAACGCGGUAUUCCCUUUAUCCUGAGCCAUGCAUCCCCGAUGGCGGUGGUGCCAGACGAGAUCAAAGAGAAGGUUAAGGCUUAUGGCAAGGGUCUCCUGUCUCCCUGGUCUCCUCAGCAGACCAUUCUCGAGCACCCCGCAACGGGCUGGUUCCUCUCGCAUGGUGGCCACAACGGAGUGACGGAGGCAGUAUGCGCAGGGGUGCCCUUCAUCCUUUGGCCGUUCGGCGGAGACCAGCCGGUGAACGCCGUCCACAUCUCCGAGCAGCUCAAUGUCGGAUACGAGCUCAUCGAGGUGCGCACCGGGCCCGCGGGCCUCCACACGAUCUACCGCAACGGCCGCACGCCGGUGGCCACCAUCGAAGCGAUCAAAGAGGAGGUCCGCGACGUACUUGCAAAAGCGUAUGGACCCGACGGUGCGGAGAAACGCGAGCGGCUUGUCGCGCUCACGCACGCUGUUACACACGAGUGGGAAGAAGGCGGCGGCGCUCUGCGGGACGUCAAGGCGUUCCUUGACACCCUGUGA